GCUUGUGCAUCACUGAGUGGAGGAGAGGGGUACAGGCUUCAGGCAUGUGUAGUCACAAAAACAGCUGGAGGUUGAGCUUAAAAUACCCCCUCUCUAAAGAAGAGCCCCAAGUGCACAGAGCACUGGUUUCAGGGCUGCCAGGACAGAUGAGCAGCCGCAGAGUAGCAGAGAAGUCCUGGGAUGGCCACAGGAUGCCACUGCGCUUGCUGCUGCUGCUGCUGCUGCUGGGGGCCACCGCUGCCCUGCCGCUGGAGGGCGGCCCUGCCAGCCAGGACCAUGGGCAUAUGCAAGAAGUGGCAGAAAUAAAGAAAAGCAGCCUCUUAACUUCCCUUGCUUGGUGGCUGGAGUGGAUCUCCCAGGCCAUUGGCAGGCCCCUCGUCGGAGGGGAAGCCAGCGAGAUGUCCAAGCAGCAGGAAGGUCCCUCCCAGGCCACUGGCGGGCCCCUCAUUGGAGGGGAAGCCAGCGAGAUGUCCAAGCAGCAGGAAGGUCCCUCCCAGGCUACUGGCGGGCCCCUCAUUGGAGGGGAAGCCAGCGAGAUGUCCAAGCAGCAGGAAGGUCCCUCCCAGGCUACUGGCGGGCCCCUCAUUGGAGGGGAAGCCAGCGAGAUGUCCAAGCAGCAGGAAGGUCCCUCCCAGGCUACUGGCGGGCCCCUCAUUGGAGGGGAAGCCAGCGAGAUGUCCAAGCAGCAGGAAGGUCCCUCCCAGGCUACUGGCGGGCCCCUCAUUGGAGGGGAAGCCAGCGAGAUGUCCAAGCAGCAGGAAGGUCCCUCCCAGGCUACUGGCGGGCCCCUCAUUGGAGGGGAAGCCAGCGAGAUGUCCAAGCAGCAGGAAGGUCCCUCCCAGGCCAGUGGCGGGCGCCUCGUCGGAGGGGAAGCCAGCAAGAUGUCAAAGCGGUGGGAAGGCCCACCCCUUCCACAGUCCACACACCAACACAAAAUGCCCUGCAAGAAUUUCUUCUGGAAAACCUUUUCCUCCUGCAAAUAAAACCCCAUGCAUGGUUCCUCAUGCAAAAAUUGUAAUGAUGGACCUGAAUAAAAUGUAUUAAUCAGCAGUGA